AGGGAGGCGCAACCAUGGCCACCCUGAACCUGAAGCUUGUUAUUUAAAAGAGAGUCAUCUGCCUUUCCCCCCUCACAAGCAAUCCACACCUCUUAUGUAUGCUGUCUAUCUAUCUACUACCCAAGCACGUACAAACACUCUCCACACAGCUAGCCAACAGGUACAGACACAAGGAUGAAGCUCAGAGUAAAAGGCUUCGGCCUCCUGCUUCUCCUUGUCUUGCUUGCUCUAUGCUCCACCAUUGAUGUCUGCGACGCGAGGAGAGGCAAGCAUUGGAGGCCAAGGAGCUCGCCGAGCUCCUCUCUGCUCAAGAAGAAAGGGAAGGCAAAGAAGGGCAGCUCCCACCGGCAGCACGGGGGCAACCGGCGAAGCCCGCCACCAGGCCCCCCUGGUGUUGGCAAAGGACACCAAACGCCAUACCAGCCAAGCCCCAAUGUACCUGUAAGUCCGAGCCCGAGCCCGAAGCCAAGCCCUGCCAAAGGCAAUGGACAUUCAAGUCCACAGCCUCCAUCUCCGAGCUGUGGAAAGGGCAGACAGCCGCCGCCGCAGCCACCACCUGCGGCCUCGGCCUCACCGGGCGCGGUGUUUAACGUGGUUGAUUUCGGAGCCAAGGGUGAUGGAGUUUCAGACGAUACAAAGGCUUUUCAAGCCGCGUGGGCUGCUGCGUGCAAGCUGGGAGCAUCUACAGUUCUUGUACCAGCAGAACUAGAGUUCCUUGUUGGGCCAAUCUCGUUUUCUGGGCCUUACUGCAAACCAAACAUUCUUUUCCAGUUGGAAGGAACGAUCUUAGCCCCAACAAAUGCUAAAGCAUGGGGUUCUGGCUUGCUUCAAUGGCUUGAAUUCACCAAACUAAGUGGAUUAUCAAUUCAAGGCAGUGGCACCAUAAAUGGUAGGGGGCAACAGUGGUGGACCUACUCAGACCCAAAUGACGAUGAGGAUGACGACAAGCAGUACAAUGAGGAGCUUGAGAGGAUGCCACGGGUUAAACCUACGGCAUUGAGGUUCUAUGGUUCUUCAAAUGUCGUAGUGGCUGGUAUCAAAAUUGUCAACAGCUCACAGUGCCAUCUCAAGUUCGACAACUGUCAAGGGGUGCUGGUCCACGACCUGACAAUAUCCUCCCCUGAGAACAGUCUCAACACUGACGGAAUACACCUGCAGAACUCCAAAGAUGUCAGCAUUCAUCAUACCAACUUGGCUUGCGGUGAUGAUUGCAUCUCCAUCCAGACAGGAUGUAGCAACAUAUACAUACACAAUGUGAAUUGUGGACCAGGCCAUGGAAUCAGCAUUGGUGGACUAGGCCGGGACAACACAAAAGCAUGCGUCUCUAAUGUAACAGUAAGAGAUGUCAACAUGUUCAGAACAAUGACUGGUGUCAGAAUCAAGACCUGGCAGGGUGGUAUAGGACUGGUUCAAGACAUAAGGUUCUCAAACAUACAAGUCUCCGAAGUUCAAACACCUAUUAUGAUAGACCAGUUCUAUUGCGACAAAAGAACGUGCACAAAUCAAACAUCAGCAGUGGCGGUAUCAGGCGUUCAGUAUGAGAACAUCAGAGGGACAUUUACAAUCAAGCCUCUCCAUUUUGCAUGCAGUGACAGCUCACCUUGUUCAGGGAUCACACUUACCGGGGUACAACUUAAACCCGUGCAAAUAGCCCACUACCACCUAAACAAUCCAUUCUGUUGGCAAGCUUUUGGGGAACUCUUCACUCCAACCAUCCCUCCCAUAGCUUGUCUGCAGAUCGGAAAACCUGCUGGGAACAACUUGCAGUCAUACCAUGACAUAUGCUGAAACACAGAUAGUAUCCUCAUCCAUUAGUUGGUGCUUAUCCAUGAGUGGUCGUUGUGAUGCUUCCGACCCUUUGCACCAUUGCUUCGUCAUGUGCAUAUAUACACAGUUAAUUUAUGUUUUGUUAUCAUGGCAAGUGUGUCAUGUUUGUGGUAAAGCAAACAUAAUAUUUUCAUAUAAAAUGGGCAGGCAGACAGAUUA